AUGGAAAAAAUAUGCCACCAUGGUUGUAUUUUGAAUAAACCAGAUGCUUUUCUGCACCGAAUAAAGGCUCUGCCCAGCGAGGGGCCGGGGGCAACGAGCCAGCAUCACCCGGCCCCAUGGGCCCGGGGCUGCGCCCAUGGGGGGUCCCAGGGACCAGCUCAGCUUUGCAGCACCGGGGUGGGGGGGGUCCCACGGCCAACAAGAGGUGGAAACCCCCCCCCCCCCAGGUGCUUGUUGCACCUCUGCCGGUACCCGGUUCCCCAGGGCGGCACCGCCUUUGCCGGGGCACCGCGGAGGCGGCAGACGCUGCCUGCCCGGGCGCGUGGUGGCAGGUCCCGGCGCGCCGCCCUCCGCGGGCCUCGGCCUUCCAUGGAGGCCCGCUGGCACUACCGCUUCCGCGUGAUCCUGCUGGGAGACUCCGCGGUGGGCAAGUCGGCGCUGCUGCGGCGCUACGCCGAGGGCGUCUUCCUGGAGGCCGGCAGCCAGACGGUGGGGGUGGACUUCUACGCGCGGCACGUGGAGCUGCGGCCGGGGCUCCGCGUCAAGCUGCAGUUCUGGGACACGGCCGGGCAGGAGCGGUUCAGGUCGGUGACUCGCUCCUACUACCGCAACUCGGCGGGGGGGAUGCUGCUCUUCGACCUCACCAACCGCGCGUCCUUCGAGAGCGUCCGGCGGUGGCACCGGGAGGUGACGGACACCGUGCGGCCUCUCCGCAUGGUCUUCGUGCUGGUAGGGCACAAGAGCGACCUGGCAGCGGAGCGGCGGGUGGGCCGCGGGGAGGCGGAGAGGCUGGCGGCGGCGCUGGGGGCUCAGUACGUCGAGACGUCGGCCAAGGACGCCAGCAACGUGGCACAGGCGUUCCAGAUGCUGACACUGGCCAUCUACCAGGCGCUGCAGACGGGGCUGCUGGGUCCCUCCGAGGCCUGGGACGGGGUGAAGAGCAGCCUCCCGCUCCCGCCGGCGCUGACGUUGCAGGUGCCGGAGGAGGAAGAGAAGCACAAGAGAUGCUCGUGCUAGAGAUGGGGUGGAGGGGAGGAUGUGCGCAGCCUGCCCGGUCCAUCCGCUGCCCCCGGAGCCCUGCUGCCUCCUGCCUCGCUGCAGAGCCGGUGGGGAGCUCAGACACACUCGGCUCUGCUGAGAUGAGACACGGAGCAGAAAUCAAGCAUUUGCAGCACAGGAAAGAGCAGCGAGUGACCGCAACGGCACAUUAAACACCCUGUACUCAC